AUGAUAACAUCGAAAAACAAUGAUAUUGGGAACUUGAUACACCAGGUACGGUCCUAUUUGUGUCAAAAAAGUUAGCUCAAACUGACAAAUCGCAUUUUUCAGUUUCGCCAACGGGAUACCCCGCCAAAAGAACGGAAAGUGUUGCUGACGCAAAUCGAGGACGAAUUGAAGAGUUUUGAGACGCUCGAGGUUCGUUUUAAAUGAAAUUUCUUGAAAAAAGGGCGAAACGUUUCAGAAACUGCCGGUCAAAUGGACGUACGUUCUGGACAACACGUGCUGGCCGGCCAUGACCAGAAACGAGCGAAGUGAUCUGAAAAACGCGGCCGGAAGAGUUUUACGCCUCGUCGGAGCCCUUCUGAUCGGUUCCGAUGUCUAUCCCGAGUGAGCUUUGCGGAAAAAUUGUGAUUAAUACGCGAAAUUUCGAAUUUUUGUUCUUGUAAAUGCCCAUUGUGAAUCAGCUAGCGAAAGUGGCCGUCUCGGGAUGAAAUUUAAUUUUCAAAAUCCGAAAUUUCAGAUUCCUAAUUUGGAUGGGAACGCUCUACGAGACUGUGCAGCGGAAAAUGGACGAAACGCGUGCGGACAUUGUCUUUUCCGUCCACAAUAUUGUCGAUUCGUACCGAAAAACGGAAAUUCCGACCGAAAUCGACGUGGAGAAUGCGGAAAAGUCGCUGAAGUGGAUGAUUUCCGUGCUGCCGACCGCCUCCAACUCCGUUUUCAAACAAUGCUUGAAGGGAAUCGUCAUUGUCGCCAAAAAAUAUCCGAAAGCAGAAAAAGAACACUUUGAGGUGCGGUUUUGAGCCGGAAAAUUUAAGAAAAACUUUGCAAAAAAAUGAUUGUUUCCAAUCUCCAGGAGGCGAUGAGAACAAUUGCGUCGAACCUGCCCGACCUGAACACCCACGAGAAGAACUUCGAGGUCCUCACCGAUUCGCUCAAUCGAUUUUCUUCGAAAUUUGCGGAAAACGCGGAUUUCGCCGAGGAAAUCGUGCGAAUGAUCCGUCCGGACAUCAAGAAGAACGGAUUGGGACGGCCCAGGGAACUGAAUCGGAGGAUGCAGCUGACGAUGACCGUAGUGAAGAUGACGAAGAGCCGGCGGAUGCUCGACGAGACCAACGCCCUCGUUAGUUGAUUUUAUAAGACCAGGGAACCCUGCGAGUUGAUGUGUCUGUCUGAAUUGCCACAUAUAGUUUUAACCCCAGAGUUUUCUCGGCCACGGCCACAACUUUAACUGCGCACUGUUCCGUUUAUAGGCAUUCCAGAGAGUUGGGACUCGGACACUGAAUGUGGCAAUUCAGACAGACAGAGAGACACAAAAACAUUUCAAAACAUUUGAGCCUUCCCUGGUCCAUUAACAAUGUUCUAAAAAAUCCGAAAUUUUUAUUUUUAUUUUCUAAAAAUCAUGGUCGGAAAAAAGCGUUUGCAGAUAUCGGAAAUAUUUGUGAAAUGCGAAGAAAACGACGGAAAAUGGACGUCGGCUAGCCUGAUAACGGUCGUUUGCGACGUGUUCAACGAGCUGCUGAUCCUCGGAAAGAACGACGAAAUAACGCGAAAAAGUGUGGAGGAAUCGAUGUGCGAAGUGCUCCGCGAGCUCAAUCUCUCCAAACAGAACACCAUGGAGAAGCAGGCGUUCUUCAAUUCACUCGCAAAGGUUUCUUUUUGCAAUUAGAAUAAAAGUAAACAUUUUUGAAAUGCCAGAUCGUGUCGCAGCUGCCCGUCGAAUCGCCCAUAAAAACGCGCGUUCAUCAGAUUGUCUUCAAUCGUCAAACGGGACUUUUCACUCCGGAAAACCGAGAUAUUCGCAUGUUCGGGUACUCUUUUCCUCGCUUUAUGAAGAAAUUUCCGGAAUGUUUGCAGAAACAACAGAAUUUACAAAGAUUUGGCCAAUCUCAUUUCGGUCCUUCUCACGCCCACGUCGCUCAAUCACUUGCAGGCGACGUAUACGGAUUUGAGGAAAAUUAUGAUAGGUAAAAGGGGAAAUGGGCGGAUUACCGAUUGAAACGAAGAAAAAAUCAGGGGGCGAGUUAACGUAACGAUUGUGGAACAUCACGUUUCGAAACGAAUUGAUCUAGAUCGAUCUGAUUUCAAUUUCAAAGUCAAAAAGAAAACAAAUCAACGUUGUAUGUAGAAUUUUCAACAAAAUUGCUUUUUAGACAGCAUAGCCCGUCUGAAAUUGUGCUCGCCGAGCAGCGAUUCGAUGCGUUGGCACGAGAGCGUGCUGCUCCUCUUCUUCUCGGCCCUCCAGAAUAUUUCGUGCGCGAAGAGCUCUCUGAUUGUCGUCAGUUGAAAUGCACAACAUCUCCGAUUCCUAAAAACGCCCUGUUCAGAUGAUGGGAAUCCGUCCGUCCAUCUUCGAGUUCUUCACGCAGGAACUGCCGCUGACCGAGUACUGGCUCGCCGCCAACCACCCCCAAGUCUACCAUCUUUUCGUCACCAUCCUCUUCCAACAUCUCAAAUCGUACGCGCUUUCUAGAAACCUUUUUUUCACACUUGCAAACGGGCCGGCUGAUAACUCGCUGCAAAAUAAAAGUUGUGCGUAGAACAACAUAUCAGACGCAGAUCUCGACGAGUUCUACAAAUGUGACAACGUGUCGGCCGGUUUUAGAGCCGGUAUUGUGGCGCUGGCCCGACCUAGAACCUGGCCCGCGCCGUAAUACCGGCUCUAAAACCGGCCCACAUGUUGUUCUACGCACAAUUUUGAUUUUGCAGCGAAUUACCAAAGAGAAUCUUGAGAUUUUAAAAAUGUCUAGUUUUUCAGUCACGAUUUCUACAUUUCCCAAUCGGAUUACCUGAUCCGAGCGGACAAUACGAUCGGGACCAUCGGCCAGACGAAACGGGACUACGCGAAGAAACAAGUCAUCGCACUCCACAAAAUCAUCUCCAAUUUCGGAAAUCGACUACUCAAAAAGACCAGGUACUGAAACAAAAGGGAGAUGGUGCGCUGGGUACGCGCUGUACCACUCUUCCGGAAACCGCGACCUUUCCCAACAAUUUAGCACUGAAUUCACGUGGUGAGCGGUAGAGCGCGAUUGCAGUCAAAUUCGCACCUAAUAGGAAAGAUCAAAGCACAAUUAUUUUAUUAAAAAACACGCAAUUUUUGCAGACUUACAAUAUCCACGUGGCUCCACUGUUUGAUUGUGUCCGCCUACGACCAAAAAGUGCCGUCGGAACGAUUCCGGACAUUGGAAUGGUUCCGAUUGAGGAGUAUUGUCGCGCAUCAGUCCGUCCUGAACUGGAAUAACGAGACGUACGCUUUCUCUUGCAGUGACUGCUUUAUUUUUGUUGCAAAUUCCCGCUUUUCCAUACAAUUCUUUUGAGCUUUACUAGAACUUUUCAGCAAAAUUGAAAACAAUUUAUCGUUUAAUUUUCCAAUGGUUUUUCGCCGAAACCCAUCCCGGAAACCACUUUAUUCAGUCAACAAUAGUAAAAUUGAAAGGGAAAUGGAGAGAACUGGUUUUGAAUGGGAAAACGAACGCCCAAUAGAUCGUUGCAUCCCCAUUUCUUACAGUAUUCUAUAAAUUAAGGGGUUUAUAGAGGAAUUCGUUUGUUUUUCAUUUUUUGCACUGGAAAUGAGGUCCAUUCAUUGAUUUUAAAAAUUUUUUGUAAGAUCUAAUAUGAUCAUCUAAAGGUUAAUUAACAUUUUGAAGCCUUCCAUUAAAAAAAAAUCUUUAAGACACUAAAAAAAUUUCCUAUAAUUUUCAGUGUGAACGAGGCGUUUUCGCUGCUCGCUUCGAUGGGAAAUUGGCCGGAAAUCGGUGCGGACAUCGAAAGAGAUAUUGUCGAAAAAACGAGAAAGGCCAAGUGGAGAGAGGCGACGCUCAUUUGGGAGGCCGGCGAUUCCAAGCGCUAUAUCAGGUGAACACUUAUUUGAAUCAAAAACACAAAGAUGAGGAGAAUCGUCAUUUUUUCCGCUGAAAAAUGCUUUCGAACCUAUCGAAAUUGUCUCGAAUUCGUUUCCCAAAUGUUCCAUUCGAAACGGCAUUUUUGCCGAUUCCGAAACACGAGUGUUUAUGUAUUUAUGACCACUUUGCCCCCUUUGCCCAAAAAAAAAGGGCAACUGGACGGAUAAUCGACUGGUUUUACACCGAUUUUGUACUUUUCCCCCAUUUUUUGAAAGAAAAUGCAAAAACAUCCCAUUUUACACACAAAAAAGGCGUAUUCGGUGCCGCAUUAGAUAAUUGAUUGUUUAUGUUUACUUGCCCGUCCAACUCGAUUUUAUUUGCACCUGUUCCCCCUCGCCCCUUUUACGCCUCAAUUCUCCGCACAAAAUAGACAUUUUCCACCCAAAAACUCACGAAUUUCCCAAACUCUUAAAAUUCGAAAUUUCAUCCCAAAAACCGCGUUUUCCGUUGCAGACAAUCGAUCUCUCCGGUGUACCAAAUGAGCCAGGAACGGCAGCAGAAAUUCAUCGGAGCCACGAGUUUCGGAGCCGAAGAAUUCACGAUCGUCACCAAUUUCCUGCUCAAACAAAUUGUGCCCACCACUUUCAGGUACGGGUUUCCGGAAGCAUUGAAAAAAAGGCCGUUUCAAAACAUUUAUGAAACAGUUGGUAAUUGUUAAAGGAUCAGAGAACCCUGCGAGUUGAUGUGUCUGUCUGCUGCUCCGAAUCCCAACUCUCAGAAAUGCCUAUAAACGGAACGGCACGCAGUUUAAGUUGUGACCGUGUUCUAGAAAACCCAGGUGUGAAAAUUCUUCCCUGUUAACAGUCUGAUGCUCUCGGACUAUACACGCCUGCUGAUUUGUGUGAAUGUUUGGCAGCAUGUGAAAAGAUCCCAGGAGUUUUCUCGGCCACGGCCACAACCUUAACUGCGCGCUGUUCCGUCUAUAGGCAUUCCGGAGAGUUGGGACGGGGAACGGUUUUGAAACCAAAAAGCUGAAAAGAUUAAAUAAUGCUAAUAGACUUGUGUGCAGAAAAGGCUCGUACGUUUGGAUGGACGAAGUGCUCGAAGCGAUGACGUCAUCAUGUCGGAGCACGGCCGAAAAGACGGAUCCCACACUCCCAGACGCAUUCAUUGAGGUUUCUGUUUUAAAUUUUCACCAAAUGCAAAGGAAGACUAUCCAAACAUUUAUGUUGCAAGCGUUAGAAUAAAAUAUAUCAAAAAUUUUCUCAAUUGAUUCGGUAAUGGGGUUAUUCAGGCUGUGGAAAAAAUCAUUUUUUUUCCGUUUUUUCAUGUCAAAAAAUCCAAUUCAGCGAUGUAAAAAAACGAAAAAAACAUGCGCUCAAUAGCCCCAUACGAUCUAUUUUUUAGUUUGCAAAAAAAAAAACGGUUAUUGCAGAAAUGGGAUUGGGUAAUCAACCAGACGGCCAACUUCUGCAUCAUCAACAAAAUGAAGACGCCGCUGGGAAAACCGCAACAGACUUUUGCCGCACUCGCUGGUACGUAUGCCCUUUGAAAAUAUAAUAAUGCGGGGGGUUUUCUGGAUUUAUCAAAAAUUCUUGAAACAUUCACAAUUAUACUUCUCAAAUCUGAUUUCAGCCGAAGUCAACAAUUUGGCGAAAGAAGUGAUGACCCGAAAGCCGAAAUCGUCGAAAAAAGAGGAAGAGAACGGAAGCGUCGCCCCCGCAGAGCUCAAGUAUUCGGUCCAGUGGCUCCGCGUCCAUUUGCUGCUCAAAUUGAUCGAAGUUUUGGAGAAAUUGAUGAUUUCGGCCAUUCACGGAGGCUCCGGAGUUUUCAAUUUGGUCGAAAUCCCUGUGGUGAUUGCUACUUUAUUGAUUUUUCCUAAAAUUAAAGCAUGUCUUUUCAGAGUUCGCGUCAGUUUUUCGUCACGAAUUCGGCAAGUUGCGAAGUUUGGCUCAACCGUGUCUAUUAUCCGGCCCUUAUUGUCGCAUAUUUCAACGGAUAUUAUGCGCUGGUCAGUUUUUUUAUUAAAAACAUUUUUAUUAAAAAUACUGUUUUGAGGUGAUCCGUUUCGGCUCGAACGCGCUCUCGCACUACGUGCGCCAGAAGGAUUCGGAAGAGAAAUCGACGACGUACGGGGUCUCGACGGCCAGUUUGAUGUCGCUCUCGAUGGCCGUUCUGGGCGAACCGAUGGAAAUAAUCGGAUUGCGCAGGCGGGUCCGCGAGGAAUUCGGCACCGAAUCGGGACAAUCUCUCAUGGAGGCACUCGUCGAGAUGGCGCACGCACGGUCAGAAAUUACAUGAAAGUUCACAAUUGAUGUACAUUUUUGUGAUUCAAAUAUUAACAUAAUGUUCGCUGUCAAAUUCAAUCCCAUUAUGUGACACGUUUUUUAAAUUGGAAUAAGGAACAUUUUCAGAUACGAGAACGCGUUGAUCGCACUGGAAAACGUGCUGGCGACGGAGGCGAGUCUCAACGAAACGCUCAGAAUUGUCAUUCAAACUGCGGUCAGCCAUUUUUUUUUGAAUUUCCAAUGAAAACCGCUAUUAUGGGGUUAUUCAGGCUGUGAAAAAAUGAUUGUUUUCGGUUUUUUCGUUUUUUUUUACGUCAAAAAAUCCAAUUCAGCGAUGUAAAAAAACAACAAAAAAACGGAAAACAAACAUACGCUGAAUAGCCCCAUUAUUGUUCAGUUUUGCUUUAUUUCGACCGUAACCGCUAAGCUCCGCUCUUUUCGGCUCGUCGAAAAAGUCUUUUCUAAUUCGCUGAUUUUUCAUUCAAUUUCGAUAGGAUUCGUCGAAAUCGUUUUCGAGAAGCCAAAAGGGGCGGAUCUUUGCGGUUACGGUUGAAAAAAUGCAAAAGGAAGUUAUAUGUGCUCCUUUGCAGAUAGUGGACAUGCUUAAUCGGAUCCGUCUGCCGCAAGCCGUCGACUACUACAAAAACACUCUGUUCGGGGAGGACGCCGAUGCGGUGACGGAGCAGUUCAAAUCGAUCGAAAUGCUCACGAAAUUCGAGAAGCCGACGACGGAAUCGAAGGAGAAGAGGCAAAUUGUGGAGUGGAGUGUCAAGGACCGCCUCGCCGCCGUCGAAUCCGCCUACGCACAGCCCAUGCGCAGGUUUGUACCAUUUUUCGUGUGCAUUUGACAAUUUCUGCCUGAAACGCCCUAUUUCUACAGAGAAAAAUGGCAAACAUUUGAAACUACACUGUCUUUCAGAACGGAACUGUUCGAGCAUCAAAAAGAGCUGUCGGCGAUGGGCGCUCUGACUCUGAGCACCGACGUUUCUUGCAAACUCUACGCGGACGUCUCGUCGACCUCUCUGAUUAUCGCCAAUUUGAUCGACAAAAUGCCCGGAGCCGUUCAGGUUUUUUUUGUUUUUCUUCUUGUAAAGACGUCGACACGAUCGGAAGACAAAGUAUUGAUUAUUGUCGGCGGUCGAAUGAUAUUGUCGCCUUGAAACAGAAAUCGCCAUAUUUUUUACAAUUUUUUCUACCACUUUUUCCCAGUUGCAACAUUCAGAUCGGGCCCUACCUUGGACUUGGAUUGAAGUAUUUUGGGCCCAAGUUUCAGACCAAUCGGAUCAGAGACAUAGUUGCAUUGCAAAAAACCGGCCUUUUAGGUCUCAAAUCAGUAGAUCUCCAAAGAUGAUCCGAUCGGUCUGAAACUUGGGCCCCAUAGCCUUCAAUCCAAGUCCAGUAAGCCUGCGAAGUUUAAGCCCGAUCGGGUUACUGUAAAUGAGUCAAAAGCCCAUUCGCCUGUCCAUGGCUUUAUUUUUAAAAUGGUAUUUCAGACGAGAAACCGAAUGACGGACGCGGAUUUAUUCGAGAGAAACGAAAACGGAAACCUCGGAGACAAACUGGCGAUCUGCCGGAAAGUGAUGCACUGGAGCAGACACAUCAAACAUUUCCGUGAGUAUUAAAGUUUAAUUAUUUCAAUGCAUCGAAUUUCGAACGAACAUUUGCAGGCGGUCAAUCGAGUGUGGCGCACGGCGAAAUCGUGCGUUUAUCGCGUAAGACGUCGAACUGCGAACUGGCGCACUUCCACAUAAACUCGGCGAUCCGCGGCGAGAAACUGAGUGCGUGGAUGCGGUUGGAGAUCGACAGACAGCGCAUGAAACUGGUGAAGAGCCAGCAUUUGGACGUGCGGAUCCGCGAGAUGAACUGUCUUUUCGGGGGACUGGCCGACGUGUUCCAGACGACGUGCCAGCUGAAAGCCAACUUCGAGCAGCUGCCGCCGGGACCGCUCAGGGAGAACAUGCUCCGCGAGGGAUAUUACGAAGAGAUGGGCAGGCGGGAGGAGCACAUCGGCCGCGCGAGCAUCCAAUUGGCCGAGUUCUUCCAGACCCUCCCGGACACGAACAACAUCCUCGCGCCGGACCUCGUUCCCACCUUGAUCUGGGUUCGUUUCUUUUUCAGACACCCUUUUUUAGAAACAAUUUCAAAAGUUGCAGUCGGAAGUGCAUCGCCGAUCGGACGAAUUCGGUUGCGGGGACCAGAUGGGAAUAAUCGGAUCUCUCUUCGCGUUCGCAUCGGAAAUGUGUCCGAUUCUGGCGAAGGCGCACCUGCGGAUGGCCCAGUGGGCGUUCGAAAUGGCCAAAACGGAGAACGCUCCGUCGGCACCGCUCUUUCCGAUCUACCAGUUCGGAGCGGAUCAGAAGGAGGACGACGAGCUGUGGAAGUGCUUGGAAACGACCGGAUUCACACAGCUCGAGAAACAGGUUCGCAAGGCCGUCUCCGAUACAAACAGAGCCAGGUAGGAGUGAAAAACGACAACAAACCCCAGGAAAUUAUUUUUGUCAAUAAAUGCCGUGUUUUGCAGUGCGAUAUUGUCGAACGGCGAGUUCCGGAACGUGUGGGAGUCUGCCCGAUUGCACCGCAUCAAGUUCCUCUCGAUCGCCGUCUCCGCCUACUUCCAGUUCAUCCGCAGCAUGUCCUCCGGUCCCGAUUUCCUUCCGUUCUCCAAAAAAGAGGAGACGACGCUGGCGACCCUUCGCAUUCUGGAACUGCUCGUAAAGCACGGCGACGUGCUCAUCGACGUCAUCAACGAGGGACUGAGCAUCACGAACGUGCACGUCUGGAAGGAGAUCCUUCCGCAGCUGUUCGCCCGACUCUCGCACCCCUCCGAGCACAUCCGCAAGACUCUCGUCGACCUGAUAUCGCGCAUCUGCACCGCGGCUCCACACGCAGUCGUAUUCCAGGUCGUGUCCGGAGCAGCCUCCUCUUCCGACGACGAGGAGGAGGAGGUCGAGGAGGACCAGCUCAACGAUGUGAGUUAGCGGCAAUUUGUCGGGAAAAGUUGUUCAUUCCGUGUGCAAAGCCCGCAAAAAUUUGUAAUUUGUCAAAAACUACCGUCGUUUGAUGGUGUCCAGCUGUGCGCGUAACUGUUUUCUGAAAAGUGCUGCAAAUUUACACUUCGCGCACUAUCACAUUGUUCAUAAAACAGCUUGUUCAAUUUAAAAAUGAUUAUCUCCGAAGCAGCCCCCACAGUUUUUUUUUUGAAACUACCGAAUUGCCGGCGCACAACUCAAAGCACAUAUGUAAAAAAUGUAACCAAAUUAAAGUGAGACUGAACAUUUUUCAAAUUGCUCUCAAAUCAUUAGAAAUUCUCAUUUUCAGGACCGUAACCGAGUGCGCGCGUGCUGCGAACAGCUCGAGUCGAAAAUGGCGCAAUCGUAUCCUUCGCUGGUCCGGGACGUCCGUCAAUUUGUGGCCGAGCUGGAGCGGAUCAAUCUGCUGAACGAGGAGAAAUGGACGGUCGUGCUGGGAACGAUGGAGCACGAGAUGGAGAAGAGACUCGCGCUCAUUCAGGCCGAAAAUGCGAAGACGGCGAUGGCCGAGCAUCUGGAGCCUCACGUCAAGGACGAGAUCACCGAGAAGAAGACCGAGCUGCUCACCAGACAGGUACUUUUCAGGAAAAAAACCGGGGAAGGCUAUGUUUCUCUCUCAAUUGCAGAUAUUCGAUGUGCUCGACGAACUGUACCAGCAGACGGUGGCCGAGCCGUCGAAAUCGAACAACGAGCGGGAAUUCGUGCGGACUUUCGGAGACGAUCUGAUUAACGCGUACGCCGAAUCGAAGCGCAACCGGUUCAUUUCGCCCGAAAAGUCGUGGGCGCCGUUCCGAAAUCUCAUCGGCGCAUUCGUGCAUCGCAACCAGAAAAAGGGACUGCAGACGUUCGAGACGGCCGACAUUUCGCCGUACUUGGCAUCGCUAGAGAACUCGUGCGUGCCGAUGCCCGGCCAGGAAUCUGUCGAAUUCGACAAAGUCGUCUCCAUUUCGAAAGUGGCGCGCCAAGUGACGAUUCUGCCGACGAAGACGAGACCCAAAAAGCUCGGAUUCGUCGGAUCCGACGGAAAACAGUGCGCAUUCCUGUUCAAAGGCCGCGAAGACCUUCAUCUGGACGAGCGAGUAAUGCAAUUCCUCCGCCUCUGCAACGUGAUGCUGCAUCCGGGAAAGGCGAAGAGCCGCCAAUUGGCAGAGUAUCAGGCACAUCACUACGCAGUGAUCCCGUUGGGACCACGCUCCGGCCUGAUCAAAUGGGUCGAGGGCGCCACGCCCAUGUUCCACAUUUAUCGGAAGUGGCAGAUCAAAGAGGUAACACAUCUUAUAACUUUGCAACAAAAAAAUUCCAUUUUUUUGCAGAAAGCAGUGCGUCAGGCGCUCAAAAAGAAUGGCGAACUGAUAGCGGAAAUAGAGCGACCGAGCGAGAUGUACCACAAUAUGAUCAAGGAAAAAUUCGCCGAGCAUGUACGUUUUUUCUUUCAAAUUUUUCCAGUUUCAAAAUUUCGAUAUCAAAUGAGGCGUUCUUACGUAUCUGAAUUACAAAGUUGAAUUGAGCUUUUUGACAUAAAAAAACGGGAAAUAUACACCGAAUAAUCAGAAAAGCAAUAGUGUAGUAUUUUUCUGAAGCCUGAGCAGAUUAGCGGUUGAAACGGAAAAAAAGAGAAAGCGAAUCGCUCGCCCAGGCCUGGUUUUCCUCCCAAUCUGUUCACUCAACAUUUCCCCUUCCCAUUAAUUUUCAUUAUUUUUUGCAGAACAUUGACUUGGCGACGGCGUCGGACCGGACGAAGUGGCCGCUGGCAGUGAUGAAGGAGGUGUUCGAGGGUCUCGCCGCGAAAACGCCGCGCGAUUUGAUCAGCCGCGAACUGUGGAUGAAGGCGAACGACGCGGCGACGUGGUGGGCGGUGACGAAGCGGUUCGCACGCAGUCUGGCCGUGAUGAGCAUGGUCGGAUCGGUGCUCGGACUGGGAGACCGACAUCUCGACAACCUUCUCGUGGACCUCAAGUACGGACACGUCGUCCACAUCGACUACAAUAUCUGCUUCGAUAAGGUCAGCGCUUUUUUUUUGGCGAUUUUUGGUUGUUUUGAUGGGAAAUCCUGUAAUUACAACAUUGUUCUCAGUUGAGUUUUUUUCUACAUUAAUACACUGAAUAACUCAUAAUGUGACUUGUGAAAUGAUUGCCCCAAGUCGUAUUUUAAGCUGCUAGCUGUAGGUGAAUGAAUUCCGUUGAUUUUGCAGGGCCGAAAUCUGCGUAUCCCGGAGACGGUCCCUUUCCGGCUGACGCGGAACAUGCUGCACGCCCUCGGCCCCUCCGAACAGUUCGGCACGUUCCGCGAGUCGUGCGUGCAUGUGCUCUCUUGCCUCCGAUCGGGCAGACCCGUGCUCACGAUGCUCCUCGACGCGUUCGUGUUCGACCCGCUCGUCGACUGGACGAACCACGAGCACUCGACUGCCUCGGGAGUCUCACUCGCAUUGCAGCUGGCAGUCUACGGAAGUAACUGGAAGACAAAGUCGAGCGAGAAGUUGGGCGAGACGGUCGAAUUGCUGCACAUUCGGAUGACCGAAAUACACACUCUGUGGAUGAACAAUCGGUGGGCGCGUUUUAGAACUUUUGACAAGUGAUGACGGUCACGGGUACAGGGCACUUUUUGAAAAUUGGCAUAAACCCUUGACGGUCAUGGGUACAGGGCAUUUUUUGAAAAUUGGCAUAGACCCUUGACGGUCAUGGGUACAGGGCAUUUUUUGAAAAUUGGCAUGUACCCUUGACGGUUAUGGGUACAGGGCAUUUUUUGAAAAUUGGCAUAAACCCUUGACGGUCACGGUUUUCCAUGAAAUUCACUUAUACCUAUAAUUGCAGAGACGAUCUGUUCCGUUGGCUGAGCCAAGUGAUCGAUUGCCUUUUGAUCGAAAAAAGCUUGCUCGGAGCGAAUGGAAUGUACGCACAGGUUCGUUCUUCUAUAAACUCUAUCACUUGCUCUUCAUCGAAACGUUUGCAGCAGCGCGUGAAGGCGGGAACGGAACUGCGCGAGGCGGUGACACGUCAUCAGGCGCUCGCGAAGGAAAUCCGCCCGUUGCUGAGAGUGAUCGGAAAGGAAAACGAGGAGUUCUCGAAUUAUCUGAAAUUCUACAAACAGGCGUUCAUCAACCCACUCCUCAAGUGAGCCUUAAAUAAUUUUUACUGUUUCUGGGGCAACUAAAACUUAUUCUAAACACAGCGAAAAGUAAUUUUGGGCGUAACUAGCGCCUCGUUUUAUAAUUGAAAAAAACAUUUGCAGAGGGCAUUCGGCACUCCGACACGAAGUGGACAUUGACACGUGCGUGCUCAAUUUCAAUAUUGUCAUGCAGAAUAUCGAUUAGUGAGUUUUUUUCCCAAUUUCUUUUCAUAUCUAAAAACAAGACUUUGAACGUGUUCCCGCUUUAGUGUUUCUUAUAACUGUUUGAAAGUUCACGUGUUCAUUACUUAGGUUCUCCAGAAAUGAAAACGUGCGCGGACAAACGAAGAAAGAAAAAAACUAAUAAAUAAAUAAACAAAGGGACAGACUCCUCAGACUUUUAUUAAAUAAGAAUGAUGCUACUAGCGGAUCUAGGAUCCGCUUGGUGAGAUACAUUUCCUCCAAUACAUUACCUUUAAGUUGAACGGUGAAAACCUGCGCGAAACAAAUUGAUAAGAAACGCAUGAAGCAACGAAAAAGCGGAUUUUAAAACCGCAAAUUUUUUUUUUAAAUUUAAAAUCUUUUGCAGUGUGUUCCGAUCGCUCGUCUCGCUGGCCUCUCUUCCGAUCGAAUCGAUCACCUCGGCCCGGACACAACAAUUUCAGCCGCCGCCCGGACUCGAAAGUACGCGAAUUGUUUGGCAUGUCGAACAUUUUUCCAACUCUAUAAUUUCAGACGUUUGGGUGGUAAAACAGGACCAGCAGGAGAAUUCGGAGGCGCGAGAAGUGGUGAGAAGAGUGGAAAGACGGCUGAACGGAUGGCUCGACGAGGACUCGGAACGGAAAUUGUCGCCCCGCGAAGAGGUACUUUUUGAGAGUUUUCAUGAAAUUCAGGUCAUUUGUUUGAAGACGAGAAUCGUCUCUCGCCCCCUGUUUUAAUGCAAUUUCUCAGGCCUGUGAAAAGGUUGACAAAAAUUCGUUAGAAAAGUUAGAGAAAUUGAGUAAAAAAAAGACGAUUAAAUUUGCAGGCGGAUCUGCUGAUUUCGGAAGCGACGAACCCAUCGAAUCUGUGCACAAUGUACGAAGGAUGGACUGCGUGGGUGUGA